GUUUCCUCCAUUGACUGACAUUGCCCAACAGCACACCCAGGCUUUUCUGCCUGGUCCUCCACCACUUGCUUCGAACCACCGACCUUUAUUUACCGGAUAUAAGAGGAGAACGAUACCAGAGUGAUUAGGACUGAAUUCGUGGGAUCAUGACCACAGAACUUGGCCCGGGCGGGGUUCCUUUAAGCACCCAACCCAGCAAAGAAAUCUACACUACCCUGCUGGAAUGGCUAAAAUCCCACGGCGGCAAUCUCCAUGAAAGUGUCCUAAUAGACCAAGAUGACACGCGUGGCGUUCAUGUCCGUGUAAAGCGCGAGUGGAAGAAUGCCACCGGCGUCUCCAGCAACACCCAUAUCAUCCAAACACCCAUCACAACAACCAUGUCUUAUUUCAAUGCGAUCGAUUACCAUUCUUCUGACUCAAUUAAGUUCCCGGCGCAUGGGGUGCAGUUCCCGUCUGCAUUUAUUGAGAGCGUUGGGCCCGAGGAAGUUGCCAUCUUCUUCCUGAUCGGUCAGUAUUUGCGUGGCGAGCAGGGGUUCUGGUACCCGUAUCUGAGGACCCUCCCGCAGCCGGGGUUACUGACCACGCCGCUUUAUUAUGAGAGUGCAGAGGAUUUGGAGUGGCUGCAGGGGACGAGUUUGCUGGCUGCGAGGGAGCAGAAGAUGGGGUUGUUGAGAGGGAAGUAUGAACAAUCUUCUGCGGAGCUUCGUAAGGCUGGGUUUGGGGAUGUGGAGAAGUAUACCUGGGAUUUGUAUCUUUGGGCCUCGACCAUCUUUGUUUCGAGGGCGUUCUCUGCAAAAGUCCUUUCUGGGGUUAUUACCGAUCUGGGAGUUCCUGAGGAGAAUAUCUCCGUUCUUUUACCUUUCAUUGAUAUGCUGAACCACCGGCCACUGGCUAAGGUGGAGUGGCGGGCUGGGAGGGAGAAUGUCAACUUUGUUGUGUUGGAGGAUGUUGGUGCGGACCAGGAAAUUGCAAAUAACUAUGGUCCUCGAAAUAAUGAGCAGUUAAUGAUGAACUAUGGCUUCUGUCUUGCGGGCAAUCCGUGCGACUACCGCACUCUCAGUUUGCGCGCACCACCCGGCAGUCCGCUACAGAUUGCAAAAGCCCAGCAGGCACAAAUGUUCCCUGAUUUGGCCAAGGAUGCAGAGGACCCUUACUACGUGUUUAAUGUCUUCUAUCCUUUGCUUGCCCCUGAUAUCCCCAUGGAGCAUUCGAUCUUCUCGCCAGCCCUUUUCAAUGCCGUUUCCGUUCUGGCUGCCAACAACAGGGAACUAGAAACGCUGGAGAUUACGGAGAGCGAAAUUCGAAUCCCCGGUGCUUACGGCAGUUCACGGUCACUCCUUGCUGCAAUCAGCCAAAUCGUAAUCGAACUCAUUACACAUAUCGUCAAAUUGAGGUCAUCCGUGCCGGGCCAAAAAGCACCAAGCAAUCUCAAACAGUCCCACGCCCAGAUCUACCGCGAGAGCCAGAUCACGCUCUCAGAAACUGCCCUCGUCAUUGCUGCAUGGACCAUGCAUUGCGCACGACAACACGGUUUCCAGGGAAGCUGGAAGGAAUCGAAGUGGCUUCUCGGAGCCCAUAUGGCUAAGAUUCCUGCCGGCAAGUUUCCAGAGGAACUAAAAUCUCGAAUUCAAGUGAGGAUUCUAGAGCGGCCGUCCCUGUUGACUAGCAGCGGAGAGCUUUUUACGCUGAGUGAAUUACUGCAUCUCAUUCCUGCUGAAAUGCAAAAGUCUUGCCAGGACUGUUUCAAGGCUGUUCUGACAGCUGCAGAGCGAGGCAUUCCACCACUCCGAGGAAUGACAGAUGAAGAAUCGCCCUUUCGGUUCCCGCUUUUUUUGUGCUUCAUUGCUGCGUUUCAUAAUGCCGGUGAGGGUAGCUCUUUGCCCUCCCGACUCUCUCGAUGGGCUGGUUUCUUACUCGAGCACUAUCCACCACCGCCUGAUGAUGUUGCUUGGGCGCUGGAGGAUGAGGAUGACGAGGGGUUACUAAGCAUGCUUGACGAUGUCUUGGAAAACAUGCGGGGCCAGAAUGCGGAAGUUUUCUCGAACUUGGAGCCGUUCACUGGUGAAUGGAGGCAGGACGCCUGGUGGUUGUCUCCCAACUGGUUGCGGUGGGCGUGGAUGGUGAUAGAGCAAGAAUGCGUUCAGGUGCCGGAGAACCCGCUUGGGCUGUUAGAGACGGGGGGUACGGCAGGGAGGGUAAUGUUAUCGACGGAGACAUAUUUGUAUAUUCCGCAAGAGCAGUGACACUUACUUAUCUAUGAAUGACCCAUGGAUG